AUGUCUAGUAGUGAGACCGUUCGAGUUAUUGUACGAUGUCGACCGAUGAAUCAACGUGAAAAUGAUUUAAAAUGUCAAUCGAUUGUUUUAAUGAAUACAGCAAUAAAUCAAGUUAUGUUAGAAAAUGUUGAACAAACUAAUGAACCACCAAAACAAUUUACUUUUGAUGCUGUUUAUGCUGAAGAUUCAAUAACUGAAAAUCUCUAUGCUGAAUCAGUUUUUCCACUUGUUGAAAGUGUACUCGAAGGAUAUAAUGCGACUGUAUUUGCAUAUGGACAAACAGGUUGUGGUAAAUCUUUUACAAUGCAAGGAAUAAAUACACCAGGAUCAUUACAACGUGGUGUUAUACCUCGAUCAUUUGAGCAUAUAUUCGAAGCAUCAUCAGUUGCAAGUGGCACUAAAUAUCUUAUUCGUGCAUCUUAUCUUGAAAUAUAUAACGAAAAUAUUCGUGAUUUACUUGGAAAAGAUGUUAAAGCAACACUUGAACUUAAAGAAUUUGUUGAUAAAGGUGUGCAUGUACAAAAUUUAACAUGGCAUCAAUGUUCAUCUGUACUUGAUUGUGAACGUCUUAUGGAUAAAGGUAAUCGUAAUCGUGCCACAGGUGCGACACUUAUGAAUAAAGAUUCGUCUCGAUCACAUUCAAUAUUUACUAUUGUUACUGAAAUGUGUACUAAAAGUGAAUUAGAUGGAAAAGAACAUAUACGUGCUGGUAAACUUAAUUUAGUUGAUUUAGCUGGUAGUGAACGACAAUCAAAAACACAUGCUGAAGGCGAACGAUUACGUGAAGCAACUCGAAUUAAUUUAUCACUUAGUGCAUUAGGAAAUGUUAUAUCAGCAUUAGUUGAUGGACGUUCUAAACAUAUUCCAUAUCGAGAUUCAAAAUUAACACGAAUGUUACAAGAUUCACUUGGUGGAAAUACAAAAACAUUAAUGGUUGCUGCUGUAAGUCCAGCUCAUGAUAAUUAUGAUGAAACACUUUCAACAUUACGAUAUGCUAAUCGAGCGAAAAAUAUUAAAAAUAAACCUCGUAUUAAUGAAGAUCCACGUGAUGCUCAAAUGAAAUUAUUACAAGAAGAAAUAAAUCGUCUUAAACAAGAACUUCUUAGUUCUGGGAAUCCUCGUGGAAAUCAAGCAUUACUAUCAAAUAGUAAUGGAUCUCCAGUCGAUGUAGACGAUGAACUUGAAAGAGAACGAGAAAGAUUACGUGCUGAAUUUGAACGUGAAGUAUCUGAAGUACGUCGACAAUGUAAUGAAGAACGUUUAACGAAAGAAGAACUUCAACGAAAAUAUAAUGACUUAAAAGUACAAUAUGAUCAUGAUCUCGAAUCAUUAAACUACAAUCCUAAUCCACAAUCAUCAUCAACAACAACAACAACAUCAACUGUAAAUGAACGUAGUAAGACAAAGAAGAAAGGUGGAAGUAUUCUUAAACAAAGACGUGACGAUGGUACAGUAAUAAAUAAUGCAGAUAUUGAUGGUGAUGAUACGUCAGUACCAUCGAAUCAAAUGAAUGAAAAUGAAAAACUUGAACGUUUACAUGAAUUAGAAAAUAAACUUGUUGGUGGUGAAGAAGUAAAUAAUGAAGAACGAAAAAAGAAACGUAAAAAGAAAUUAAAUGAAAUGCGUGAAAAACAAGAAGAACGAAAAAAAUUCGGUAAAAUAAUAAAUGAUGGUGAUGAUGAUACAAUGAUGAGAGUUUUUGAUAAUGCUCAAGAAGAGCUUCAUUUUACGGCUAAAAAGUUAGAAGAACACCAAAUAGAAAAUAAACGUUUACAAAAUGAUAAUGAUGAUUUACAGCAUGAAUUUCAAAUUGAACGUGAAGGUUAUUUAAGUACAAUUCGUGAACAAGAAAAACGAUUACUUCUCUUUCGUGCUAUGCUUGAUAAGAUGAGUCAUGCUAUGCAACGUAAUUCUAAUUAUAGUAACCUUGAUAAAGUCAUUGAACAAGCUCGUUAUGAUGAAGAAAAAGGCCAAUAUAUUUUACCUGAUCUUCUAAGAGAAGAAAUACAACUUCCUCAAAUGGGAAAUGGAUCAACUACAUCAAAUGGACGUUCACCACAGACUACUGAUUCUGUAGCACCAACGAAAUCAAUUGUAACAAAUUCACCUACUGACUAUGAAUCUGAUUUUACUGUACCAACAGGAAUGACUAAUAAUUAUCAAAAUUCAUAUUCAACUAUGAAUCCUGAUGAACUUGAUAGACGUUAUGGACGUAUUCCUGAUUCAUCAAAUUUUAUAGGAGAAAAAACACGUACUAAACGUCAAGAUCAAUUAUUAAGUGAAAAUUCUGCCUUACAACGAGCUAAACGUCCUUUACAAAUGAAUAAUAACGAAAAUGAUUAUAUGAAUCGUCGUCUUAAUCCAUAUCAAGCACCAGCUGCUCGACUCAGUCAAAAAUAUGGUUUUUCAUCGGAUAAACAGUAA